AACAAACUCAUCAACUUCCACCUACCUCUCGACACGAUAUCCAGAGAAGUAAUUCUCUAGUCCAUGAUCUCAAUAGCCUCCUGGGACUCGAAAGCUCGCAAUGUCGACCCGCAAGCGCACCAGAUCGCAGCUCCACGAGGAGGACGAAUUAUCGCCGGAGAAGGGGAUGACGAGCACGCCGCUGGCGAGUGUUAAGAAGAGGAAGCUAAAGGGGAAUGGGUCUUCACCUGUGGGAGGCAUAACCGGCUCGUUGAAGCGCACAAUUGGAGACAUAUUUGGUUGGGGCAGGAAGGAGAAGGAGAAUCUCAGGGAGGAGGAUGAGGAGGAUGAAUUAGCAAGCGGAGAGUCUCUCGACUCCGGGAAGCAUGGCGCUUCUCAGAAAGACAUUUAUGAUUUCGACCCAUCAGAGCUCGAGAAGGACAGUGUGCAGAAGCGGAGGCGUGGUUCUGAGCGCAUGAAAUCCACAUCCACCCCAAUCAAGACGAAGCCAGCCAGCGAGAAAGGCAGUGUGAAAACGAACCACACUUCCGGAGCAGAUGAUAUUUGGGAGGUGCCAGAGGAUGACACAUCUACGAUACGCUCGAGCAGGAAACUGGCCAGGAGCGCGGAGAAGGCGAAGGCUCUCCUAGCACCUGUGGUGCAAGAUAAGGAGGAUAUACCCAUGACGCGGUCACCAGGCCGUCCGAAGAAGUCCCAGAUUCUGAAGGAGGAUAUUAAGCUCUCGAAAAAGGCUGCAAGGGAGAGAUUGAUGGCUACUACGUCCCAAGGGGAGGAGGAGGAGGUAGUGAUCACUCCGAAGAAACAGAAAUCCGCAAGGCCAAAGGAGAAUAGCCCAGCACAGUCCGUAGAGAUUGUGAUCUCUGCAAAGAGGCAAAAGCCCGAAAGGUUAGGAAAGGACGAUAGUCAAGAACAUAAGGCACCGAAAUCUGCUGCCUCAAGUGGCAAACAGGGACGGCCACGGAGAACCUCAAUCGAUGGCACUGAAUCAUCGAGACAGGCCCCCAAAGGCAUACUCACACCUAGCAAAAACAGGCCGGGCAGACCUCGGAAAAGUGUGACCUUUGGAGAAGGCGAAGUUGAUCUGGGGUUCAAGGACAUUCCUGGCAAAAAGUCGAAAACAUCAGUCGAAUCGCACCAUGAAACUGCAGAAGCAACUGGGGAGGAACCAGAAGAAGAGGUCGAAGAAGACGAGGACGAUGUUGCCUGUGCGAUUUGCUCUGGACUAAACAGCACAAAGAAGAAUCCCAUCAUUUUCUGCGAUGGCGAGGAUUGCGAAUAUGCAACCCAUAAGAACUGCGAAAAACUGUCUGUUGUCCCGGAAGAAGAUUGGUUUUGUAAAGAUUGUCAAUCUACUUCGAAACCGGAAGCUGAGGACGCAAUUGAGGAAGAGAUAGAGUCGGAUGAUAUCGAGGAGGUAGUAUGUGCGAUCUGUUCAGGACUUGACUCGAAAGCAAAGAAUCCAAUCAUUCUCUGCGAUGGCGAAGAUUGCGAUUACUCGGUCCACAUCAGGUGCUGCCAGCUCUCUACUGUCCCGCGAGGAAAAUGGUUUUGCGAAGAGUGCGAUCUGGAAAGCCAGGGCAACGCUCUUUUUCCGCAAUUGAACGACGACUUGGCUCACGUUGGCUCUUCAAACAAUCUGCCAAACAUCGAAAGAUUCGAAGAGCAUCUCCGGCACAUGCAACGAACGCUAUUGGACAGAUUGACUGGCCAAAAGCGAAUCAGGUUGAGGGGGUAUGACGAGGAAAUGAAGAAGGUACAUCAGGUGGUUGAACAAACUGUUUUGGCAGGUGAAGGAAACUCAAUGCUGGUAAUCGGGGCGAGGGGCAGUGGAAAGACCACUCUCGUUGAAUCAGUAAUCUCUGAUCUUUCUGAUCAAAGAGAGAACUUUCACGUUGUACGGCUGAAUGGGUUCAUCCAUACCGACGAUAAACUUGCUUUGAAAGAUAUCUGGCGACAGCUUGGUCGUGAGAUGGAACUUGAGGAUGAUACACCAGGCAAGACAAGCAACUACGCUGAUACAUUGGCAUCUCUCCUCGCCUUGCUCUCACACCCAUCAGAGAUGCCUGAGAGCGAAACUAAUCAAACAGCUAAGUCUGUGAUAUUUAUCCUGGAUGAAUUUGACCUCUUUACAACGCAUUCACGCCAGACUCUACUCUAUAAUCUUUUCGACAUUGCUCAAGCAAGGAAAGCCCCAAUUGUUGUACUUGGUCUCACAACACGAAUUGAUGUAGUAGAAAGCCUUGAGAAGAGAGUCAAGAGCCGCUUCAGCCAUCGAUAUGUGCAUUUGUCACUCCCCCGAAGCUUACCCGCAUUUUGGGAGAUAUGCAAAGCCUGCCUCAUAGUGGCCGUGGAAGAAGUUGACUUUGAAGGCUUUGAUGUUGGUGCCGCUGGUCGGAAUGGGUUUUUUUCCUUUUGGCAGAACAUGAUUGAGGACUUGUACAGGAAGGACGAGACCUUCAAGCAUCACAUUGAAUCACAAUUUUACCGAAACAAAUCAGUCCCGGAAUUCAUUACAUCAUGCAUUCUUCCAAUUGCCAACUUAUCUGCGAGGAACUUUCUGCUUACGGGCAAGCAUUUUACGUCUACUUGCUUGUCGUUGUCAGCCCCGGACUCGAAGCUCGAGGUUCUGCGGGGACUUUCCGAGUUAGAGCUCGCAUUGCUAAUAGCCGCUGCACGCCUUGACAUCAUCCUCGACACCGACACUUGCAACUUUGCCAUGGCCUACGAUGAGUACAGCUCUCUCACUUCACGAUACAAAAUCCAGACUUCAAGCACGGGUGUAACAGCUCUUGGUGCCAGUGCCAAGGUUUGGGGGAGAGACGUUUCACUUGCAGCGUGGGAGAGACUCACAGAGUAUGAACUACUGGUUCCUGCAGGAAUAAGUGGGGGUGCUCGUGGAGGGGACUUGGCAGCAGGAGGUCGAAUGUGGAAGGUCGACGUGGGGCUUGAAGAGAUAACAGGAAGUGUUGAGACCAUGAGUGGGGUUAUGAUCAAGUGGUGUCGAGAAAUUUAAAUGUCCAUCACGCCAUCAUUGAAGAGAUAGCAGCUCAACAAUCAUGGUGGUGAGCGUAAGCCUCAGGGGGGCAGGCUCGCCCGGCUUGUUAGGCGCAGACCGCCUAACUAAAAAUAUCCGCAACUCGAACUCUAUCCUGAUUCCAUCACCAC